AUGUUUCCAGAGUCUGAAGCAUCGUCAACCCACGCAACAGAGGCUGCCUUUCAUGAUGAUACUCAAGCGGCACUGGGGAGUUCCAGAUCGAAGAGGCUCAUAUCAACCUUCAAUCAGAAUCAACUGAAUGUCCUGGAACAAUGGCUGAAUCUCCAUUUACAUUGUCCGUAUCCUACCAAGGAGGAGAAAGGAUCAUUGGCUGGGCAGACAGGGCUGAGCAUGGCUCAAGUCUCGACCUGGUUCACAAAUGCUCGGCGGCGGCUGCGCCGAACUAGAAAUGCCUCCUCCUGCAACGGUUCAUCGAUACCCGAAUCUCAUACUUUUCUUCAGGAGCACCAGUUCUCGGGAAAUCCGCAAUGGGCGUCCAUGACUCCGCUUGAUCGAUGGAGAAAUUCCCCUCCUGAAAUUGAAGCCGCACCUUUGGAAGCUAUUGUGAAUGCUGUGGCUCACAGUGACAUUGAUAACAAAUCCGACCAGACUAUCGGCUCUGCUGCUUCAGCUUCAUGCAAUUUGCAACACGCCGUAGCAUCGAAGUUCAACGACGCUAGAUCUUUCGUGUCCUCCGAAGCCUCCGUUUCGGGUUUAUCAAGCAGCUCGGGUUCAUCCACCGGCUCGAUACAUUCUCAGGGCUCGUUUGGCCGCUUUUACUUGGAUGAUCCGUCACGUCGCAGGCGCCGGCGGCGAACAAGAAAUCUGGGCGUGUCAUAUAACCGCCCUGCCAAAACAACAGCGACCAAGAGACCGUUCCAGUGUACGUUUUGCACCGACACUUUUCAUACGAAGCAUGACUGGACACGGCACGAGAGGACCUUGCAUUUAGCCCUUGUGAUGUUCACCUGUGCCCCAUCUGGCCCUACUUAUAGUGAUUCUUCCAAUGGAGUCAACCGAUGUGUUUUUUGUGAUGAAUUCUGUCCAUCGGAUAGCCAUAUCGACGCGCAUCGAUUUAGCGAAUGCCAAUUGAAGCCGGCACCAUUGAGGACGUUUUAUCGCAAGGAUCAUCUCGUCCAACAUCUACGCCUAGUGCAUGGAGUCAAUCACGCAGCCCCAGUCAUGGAAAGCUGGAAAUCACAAGUCACACAUAUCAACUCACGAUGCGGGUUCUGUGACCAACGAUUUGAAACUUGGUCUGAAAGGAAUGAUCAUAUUGCGCAGCAUUUUCGAAGUGGAGCUUCUAUGAAGGACUGGCGAGGGUGCCGCGGUCUGGAUCCGCCCGUAGCCUUAGCCGUGGAGAAUGCCAUGCCACCCUACUUGAUUGGCAUUGAAUCGGCAGGCAUGGCACCUUUCAGCGCGUCUCACAUGUUAAGCAAGGACGCGCAGCCAAGCUCUUACUUGGAGAUAACGGACCAGCCUGCGCAGGUGCAGGCAAAGCCCACAAUGUUCGAGCAUCUCACCGCCCGCUUAAGUGAGUAUGUAUUGGACGUUCAGGCUAAAGGUGAGUUGAUCACAGACGAGAUGUUACAAAAGGAGGCGCGUUGUAUUAUUUAUGGGGAUGAUGACCCGUGGAAUCAAACAGCAGCAGAUAGUCCUGAAUGGUUGAGACUAUUCAAGGAAGGGGUGGGAUUAGGCUCGACGGAGGAUACGUCCCAGUGUGACCCUAAUAGCCAUGCUGGUGGCGUUGAUUAUCGCUUCUGCCUUCCAUGGUCGGCUGACGAGUGGGCGCCAUUCAAGCCAAGUUCCGACUCCACGGCUCCAGCUUCCGCGGAUAUGAUCAACUCAUGUAUGACAUGGCAAAGUCCGGAGUGUCUUGCCGAAUAUCGGCAACAUAUUAUGGCCCAGAUGUCCAUGUAUACUGCUGGAGAGCCAGGGAGUCAGGGAACUCGGUGCUGA